GAGGCAGAUGCCCCGGGACACUGAGGCAGAAUAGGAGCGGAGGAUGGAGACCAGGGAGGACAAAUCCCCGCAGCAGGACCUUGUGGAAGAGGCCGUUUUGAGCGAUUCCAUAGUGCAGGAAUCCAACGGGAAGGAAAAGCCCCAGAGAUCCCGCACAAGGAGGGGCUGCAAACCCAGCCCUGGCAUCUGUGAGGAGGAAAGACCUGCCCUGUGCCAGGAGGGUGGACAGAGCUUCAGCCAGAGCUCAGACAUGGUGGUCACUGAGCACCAUCGAAGCAGGGAGAAGUCAUACAAGUGUGGGGAAUGUGAGAGGAGCUUCAGCCACAUCUCCAACCUGAAGAAACACCAGAGGAUCCACACUGGGGAGAAGCCCUACAAGUGUAGGGAAUGUGGGAAGAGCUUCAGCCGUAGCAACAACCUGGCCCGUCAUGAGAAUACUCAUGAUAAUGAAAGGCCUUGCAAGCGCUCUGAACGUGGGAAGAGCUUUAGAGAGACAUCCAAACUAAACCAGCACAAGAUAAAUUGCUCUGGGGAACAGCCCUAUGUGUGUGAAGAAUGUGGGAAGAACUUCAGCCGGAACUCCAACCUGGUCCGCCACAAGAGGAUCCAUACUGAGGAGAGGCCCCACAAAUGUCCCAAAUGUGGGAAGAGCUUCAGCCAGAGCACCCACUUGGAUGUCCACCAGUGCAUUGACACCAGGGAACAGCCCAACAACUGUGAGAAAUGUGGGAAGAGCUUCAGGAAGAUUCACAACCACCUGUGUUUGGAAAUCAGGAUAUGUGACAGCUACAAGUGCUGGACGUGUGGCAAGAGCUUCAACAAGAGGUCCCACCUAAUAGUCCACAUGCGCACCCACACUGGGCAACAGCCCUACAGGUGUGAGCAGUGUGGGAAGAGCUUCAGAGAUCGCUCCAACCUGAACCACCACCGGCGGACCCACACUGGGGCACGGCCCUACCUGUGUGAGCAGUGUGGGAAGAGCUUCCCCAGGGGCUCUCACUUGUCCCAGCACCGACAGAGGCACUGCCACGGUGGGCGAAGGCAGAGGCAGAAUCCAAAGGCUGAUGUCACCUUUGUAGCUGAAAGCUGAGACCUUCUUUCAACCUUUAAAAUAUGAAUUAGGAAAACACUGGGUGAUGCAUCACUCACCCUAUUUGCCAAAUGCUUCUAAGAAGGAUCUGUUGGUAUUUUGCAAAGUGUGGAGAAUAACAGAUAGUUGAGGAUGGUUUACUGAAUUAAAUUUUAAAAAUAGCUUCUGCAUCCCUGUGAAUAAGAAAGGCCAAGGACUGAGCGAAGGAAAGAAUGUAAAAAUAUGGACUAAUUCUGAAUAUGCAUUUAAUGUUUUCAGUGAGGUCAUCUGGAAAGAGAGAGGACUGGCAACUGUUCAAGGCCUGGAAUUGAACACACUGAACAGACCCAUCCACUGCUAGAGAGUAUUAAGGAGUCUGGAAAGCAGCCUUUAUACAUUGCAAGAUUCAUCAAAAUGGGGAAGCAACUCUUGAGUUAGAGAAUCUUUUUGUCGAUAAAAUAGUAAAAGAAGCAAGAAAAAGGAUCUUAACAGUGGUGCUACAGAAGGAAAUCAGUUUGACAUGGUUUGUCCCAAAAUGUGAUCAACAGAGCCAUCAGUUUUCUGGCACAAAGGUUGAAAUCAAGGAAAGUGAAUGGACUGUUACACCAGAGGGACAGACUGUAGUCCCACCUCAGCGAGAACAUAAAAACACUUGCAGGGGAACAAGAAACCUUUUGAAACAUUAAGAAAUCAGUAACAGAAAGGGAAAAAACUGAUAUUGUACAAUCCGUAACAAAUGUGAAAUCUUCUCUAGAACCCACCCAAACAUGAGCAAAAGAGUUGUGUUAGAAAUAACAGAGGCUGGGGAUUCUCCUGGACAUUGUUGGCGAAUAAAUUCUACUGAGUUACACCCAAAAAGGAUGCAGAGCCAUUUGAAGCUGCUCCAGAGCGGGACCUGGGGAAUCACCCAGAGCUCAGACUCUGCAGCCUUUGCCAGCGCCAGAGGGACCGAGAACGGAGCGACCCACCAGAGACGCUUUCUGAAUUUGUCAUUUCUUCAGAGCAGCAAGUGAGUGUUGUUAUCUGGUAUUGUUCAUUCUGUGAGCUGGGGAGUGCUUUACCUAUUAAAUAAACAGGGUUUUUUCCACUUCUCUCUGAAGAAAUUCAUCCCGAACUGAUUGAAGAAGAGAGGCUGUGUAGGUUGGCUUUCUGGAGGGGCCCCUUUUGGAGGCUUUCUCCAGAUUUGUCCUAAACCAAGACCAGAGACGGGGAAGGCUUAGAAGACCAUGGGGGGAAUUGCAUCACCACUUGCACUCCUAAUUGGUGAUUUUUGUCAUCAAUGCUAAUCUGCUAAACUUGCAAAACUGUAUUCACCUUUUGUGGUGGGUGUGGGCAUUUUGUGGACAUUUUUCAUAUCUACUCCUGGAGGUCUCCAAUAAAGACCAGCUUUUAUAUUACCUCCUAUACAAAUACUAUCUCCAAAAGGUGUUGCUUUAUUUCUCGGUUCUUUAAGGCCUCACAGAGUGACAUAAUGACAUCUUGGGGAACCAAGUGUCACCUGCAAGCACAACAGGGCCUCAUGGAACCCAGGUGCCACUUGAAUAGUGCCCGGGCACAUGGAAUUCAGUGUCCAUUGUGACACAGCACAGCCACAUGGAACUCAGCAGAACAUUGUGACAGCAUGGAAUCUCAUGGAACUAAAGCUGUGCUUUGACAAAGUGGGGCCUCCUGGGACACAGGUGCCACUGGGGUGUUGCCAACGCUGGUACAACCCAGUGCCCAUUGUGACACAGUGCAGCCUCAUGGAGCUGUCUUGGGGAUGGUUCAUACCUCAUAACCAUUUUGGGGUUUCUUUGUUUUGUGUUCAUAAUGGUCACUGCCUCCCCUCCCCAGCUCUGAGAAUAUCGCAAUGGGUGGAGGGGCAGCCUGGGAUCCUGUGGGGGCUGGGCUGAUCCAGAGGCUGCUCUUCCUUCAGGCUGGGGUGAUCAGCUCAGCAGCCAUGCAGCACAGUGCAUCUCAUUUGAGACACUGUUGCCCUGCAGUUGUGGCCUUUUGCUUUUUUCCUUGUUUUCUUUUUUCUCCUUUGGCACUGUGACUAGGGUUGCCAGCUUGCUUCUCUGCUGCUCUGCCACUUGAGAGCCCAGGGCUGGUGUGCUGGGAGCUGGGAGCACCCCUUCCCCUACCAGGCUGCUCCCUUUGCGUGGUGACCCAGCCUCAGGACCGGACAUCACCAGUGAGCCAUGCAAAGGAGAAAUCUCCCACCCAGCCGCUGCUGUUUUCUGCCACUGCUUAAUUAAGGGGUUUUUGCUACACUAUAGUGCAACACCCUGCAUCCAUCAGGACAGCCCGCUGCUGCUGCUUCUGCCACCGCUCCAGGGUUAGUGCUACACUUUCAUUCACCGCCCCCGGGGAUCUGCUCCCCUCUGUUCCAGCUGACACUCCGAGGUUCCUGCUGCCGUCCAUUUGCUCCUGCAGUGGCGCUGAGGCCGGCUGCUCGCCGUGGCUCUGGCGAAAGGAGCCCCUUUCUCCCCGUGCCGCCCCCACAGCCGCCGUGGCCGGGUCAGAGGCCGCUGAGCUCGCACUGUUGCCCGAUUGGUAAAUGACACAAAACUCGGAUAAGUUUUGUGGGUGCUUUAUUAAGGGCCCGGGGAACUGGGGGACUCACGUCCCAAAGUCCAAGCCCCCAAAUUCA